AUGGCUGGACGAAGUGAAGAGGAGGGUGUGAGCAACAGCAGUGGGGAGUCAAGGUAAUGUGUGUCUCCAUCUGUUUGGGAAUAUGACAGACAGUGCUGUGACCGACAAAUGGUCCAGGGUUUAUUCAUUAGUGCAAAAACAUUUUGCAAUGAAAUUGAACGUUUCUUAUUGGACAAGUUCAGGUAGAUCCCUUCCCGUUCCAGCCUGUUUGCUUCUGUUUGGUUCCUAGAGAAUAGCAUACAUCCCAGGUUUUUCAUUGAGGACAAACUGUUACAUUGGAGCUUGCUAGCUGAUGAUUAUAUGUGUGUGUGCAUAUAUAUCUCGGAACAAUUCCAAAGAUUUUACUGAGUUACAGUUCAUAUAAGGAAAUCAGUCAAUAUAAAUAAAUACAUUAGACUCUAUUCUAUGGAUUUCACAUGACUGUACAGGGGCGCAGCCAUGGGUGGGCCUGGAAGGGAAUAGGAUAUUUUAUUUCAGCUCAUGAAACAUGGGCCAACACUACAUGUUGCAUAUAUAUGAACCAUCCAAAGGUUUGUGUGUGGGCUAGCCGAUAUGUUGAUGAGCAGUUAUUGUUUUGGAGCAAUCGCUCUACUGGAUGCUCCAAGCGAAUAUGCAAGUUGUUUCGCAUCCUUGUUGAUAUGAACAUAAAAUGAGACCACUGUGUGCUUCUUGAUGUUACCUGGAAGUUGGCAAACCAUAGUUGUGUUAUUUGUAAUUUUUACUGCUGGCACUAUAUAUUUUUAUUUCUUUAACCUUUACUGCUGGCACUAUAUAUAUUUGUAUUUCUUUAACCUUUGUUUGACCAGGCAAGUCAAUUAAGAAAAAAUUCUUAUUUGUAAUGACGUCAAGAGGCAAAUGCCUCCUGUGGGGACGGGGGCUUGGAUAAAAACAAAAACAGUGCAAGACAAAUCGGACAGAAGACACAUCGGACAGAAGACACUGGCAACAGCACAAAUACAACAGCAAACAAACAGUGGAUGUGUGUGUUCGUGCAGGCAUGUGUGUGACGUAAAACAACAUGACGACAUAGUUUUUUGAGUCGUCAUGCUUUUCUUGUUUCACAAUCGUCGGUGUCAAUCCAUUGGCUACCGUUGUCUUUUAAUGAGUAAUGUAGAGACAUGGAAAUGGUCAAUUUGUUCACAACACAAAAGGCUGUUUUGAAUGUUAUUUUUUUGGUGAUAUCUCACACCCUGAUGUUUGUUGAGUUGUUUCUGCACAACGCCGUCACUAAAGCCAAAGCAUUGAAGAGAAACUAGAGUUUCUGUAGUUUCCGUAGUGACAGGACCAGCGUGGCUUGGUACUGUUCUGGAUCUUAUUUAGUCUUUCCCUUUUUUUAUUUAACCUUUAUUUAACUAGGCAAGUCAGUUAAGAACACAUUCUUAUUUACAAUAAUGGCCUACACCGGCCAAACCCGGACGACGCUGGGCCAAUUGUGCGCCACCCUAUGGGACUCCCAGUUGUGAUACAGCCUGGAAUCGAACCAGGGGGUCUGUAGUGACGCCUCAAGCACUGAGAUGCAGUGCCUUAGACCGCUGCGCCACUCGGUCUGUAGUGACGCCUCAAGCACUGAGAUGCAGUGCCUUAGACCGCUGCGCCACUCGGUCUGUAGUGACGCCUCAAGCACUGAGAUGCAGUGCCUUAGACCGCUGCGCCACUCGGUCUGUAGUGACGCCUCAAGCACUGAGAUGCAGUGCCUUAGACCACUGCGCCACUCGGUCUGUAGUGACGCCUCAAGCACUGAGAUGCAGUGCCUUAGACCACUGCGCCACUCGGUCUGUAGUGACGCCUCAAGCACUGAGAUGCAGUGCCUUAGACCGCUGCGCCACUCGGUCUGUAGUGACGCCUCAAGCACUGAGAUGCAGUGCCUUAGACCGCUGCGCCACUCGGUCUGUAGUGACGCCUCAAGCACUGAGAUGCAGUGCCUUAGACUGCUGCGCCACUCGGUCUGUAGUGACGCCUCAAGCACUGAGAUGCAGUGCCUUAGACGGCUGCGCCACUCGGUCUGUAGUGACGCCUCAUGCACUGAGAUGCAGUGCCUUAGACCACUGCGCCACUCGGUCUGUAGUGACGCCUCAUGCACUGAGAUGCAGUGCCUUAGACCGCUGCGCCACUCGGUCUGUAGUGACGCCUCAAGCACUGAGAUGCAGUGCCUUAGACCACUGCGCCACUCGGUCUGUAGUGACGCCUCAAGCACUGAGAUGCAGUGCCUUAGACCACUGCGCCACUCGGUCUGUAGUGACGCCUCAAGCACUGAGAUGCAGUGCCUUAGACCGCUGCGCCACUCGGUCUGUAGUGACGCCUCAUGCACUGAGAUGCAGUGCCUUAGACCGCUGCGCUACUCGGUCUGUAGUGACGCCUCAAGCACUGAGAUGCAGUGCCUUAGACCGCUGCGCCACUCGGUCUGUAGUGACGCCUCAAGCACUGAGAUGCAGUGCCUUAGACCGCUGCGCCACUCGGUCUGUAGUGACGCCUCAUGCACUGAGAUGCAGUGCCUUAGACCGCUGCGCCACUCGGUCUGUAGUGACGCCUCAUGCACUGAGAUGCAGUGCCUUAGACCGCUGCGCCACUCGGGAGCCCUUGUCUUGUUGAGGCACAGAAUCUGGUCAAAGAUUCAGGCAUGUAAAUUGUAGUAUAUUAGAUUCAGGCAUGUAAAAUAUAGUAUAUUUUAUAGGAUCCCAAUAUAUAUAUACUGAACAAAAAUAACAUGUAAAGUGUUGGUCCCAUGUUUCAUGAGCUGAAAUAAAAUUUCCCAGACAUUUUCCAUACGCACAAAAAGUAAUGUUUCGCUAAACUUUUGUGCACAAAUGUGUUUACAUCCCUGUUAGUGAGCAUUUCUCCUUUACAUAAAAAAAAACUAAAACAUUUUAGUCAUUUAGCAGACGCUCUUAUCCAUACAUUUUUUUCAUACUUUACCAAGAUAAUCCAUCCACCUGACAGGCGUGGAAAAUCAAGAAGCUGAUUAAACGGCAUGAUCAUUACACAAGUGCACCUUGUGUUGGGGACAAUAAAAGGCCGCUCUAAAAUGAGCAGUUUUGCCAAAACACAAUCCUGCAGAUAUCUCAAGCAUGCUGACUACAGGAAUGUCCACCAGAGCUGUUGCCAGAGAAUUUAAUGUUCCUUUCUCUACCAUAAGCCGCCUCCAAUGUUGUUUUAGAGAAUUUGGCAGUACGUACAACUACAGACCACGUGUAUGGCGUCGUAUGGUAUGGAGUAAUGCUGAUGUCAACGGUGUGAACAGAGUGCCCCAUGGUGGGGUUAUGGUAUGGCAUAAGCUACGAACACAAUUGCAUUUUAUCGAUGGCAAUUUGAAUGCACGAAGAUACCGUGACGAGAUCCUGAGGCCCAUUGUCGUGCCAUUUAUCUGCUGCAAUCACCUCAUGUUUCAGCAUGAUAAUGCACAGCCCCAUGUCGCAAGGAUCUGUACACAAUUCCUGGAAGCUGAAUUGGCCAGUUCUUUCAUGGCCUGCAUACUCACCAGACAUGUCACCCAUUGAGCAUGUUUGGGGUGCUCUGGAUCAACGCGUAUGACAACAUGUUCCAGUUUCCACCGUUAUCCGGCAACUUCACACAGCCAUUGAAGAGGAGUGGGCGGCAGGUAGCUUAGUAAGGUAAGAGCGUUGUGCCAGUAACCGAAAGGUCGCUAGUUCUAAUCCCCGAGCCGACUAGGUGAAAAAUCUGAUGUGCGCUUAUUGCUCCUGUAAGUCGCUCUGGAUAAGAGCGUCUGCUAAAUGACUAAAAUGUAAAUGUAAAAAUGAGUGGGACAACAUUCCACAGGCCACAAUCAUCAGCCUGAUCAACUCUAUACUAAGGAGAUGUGUCGCGCUGCAUGAGGCAAAUGGUAGUCUGGUUUUCUGAUCUACGCACCAAUUUUUUUAUAUAUAUAUAUAUAUAUAUAUAUAUAUAUAUAUAUAUAUAUAUAUAUAUAUAUAUAUAUAUAUAUAUAUAUAUAUAUAUAUAUUUUUUUUUUAACGUAUCUGUGACCAACAGAUGCAUAUCUGAAUUCCCAGUCAUGUGAAAUCCAUAUAUUAAGGCCUAAUGAAUUUAUUUCAAUUGACUGAUUUCCUUAUAUGAACUGCAAUGCAGUUAAAUCUUUGAAAUUGUUGCGUGUUGCAUUUAUAUUUUUGUUAACCAAAACAUGGCAUAAUGAUUUAUUUACAUGUUCAUGUAGAGAAUAGAGAUGUUUUGCAUCACCAUUAACAAGUUAUUUAGCUUGUACCUAGUCCUUACACACGGCCUCCAUACUCAAGUUUAGCCGUGUUGUUUUAGGGGCUGAGGCACCACAUAUGCUUUCUGUUGUUGUUUUGAGGCAGUGUGAAACAUGCACGUUCGCACGCAGGAGGGAAAGCAGUGUGCUCUCAACUGAGUAAUCUAAAAUGAAACCUCUUUAGACAUGGCUCUAGGAUUUCCUAAGAGUUAUGAGUGUUUUAGUUGUUAUCAGUGCUAGACUUGGGGCCGGAACACACCUAGAAUUUUCUACUGCUUAAGUACGGGCACCUCUUAGAAUAUAGGCGUUAAAAAACAACAACAUUGCAGAGUUCUGGCACCUAAAUGUAAACAGUACCGGCACCCAAAAUGAGUACAGAGUCCAGACACCUAUUUCAGUCCACUUCAAGCAUAGGUUAUUGUGUUGAUCUUAGUCUAAGAAAUGGUGUGUUUGCUUGCAGCAACUCGGACGAUGAGUCCGGGUCGGGCUCUGGGUCUGGCUCCGGCUCCAGCUCCAGCUCCAGUAGCGGUUCUGGAAGUGGUUCUGGAAGCGGUUCUGGAAGCGGUUCAGGAAGCAGCUCGGAUUCCGGCAGCCAGUCCGAUUCCGACUCGGAGAAAUCCAAGGAGAAGAACGAACCAGUAAACAAAGCCAAGAUCGACGGGGCCGAGGUAGGAACACCGACAUUCAACUGAAACUACAUUACAUGUCAUUUUGAGAUUGAUUCACUGGGGUUAGCACUACAUGAUAUUGCCAGGUUGAAGUGAAAGAGUAUAGGUUGGAUAGUUCAAACAAGAUUUGAGAUCUAAUCAAAAGAUCUGGGGCUGUAUGUGUCAAGCAUUUCAGAGUAGGAGAGCUGAUCCAGUAUCAAGUCUCUCCUUACCAUGUCAUCUUAUUCAUUGCUAUCUAAAAGGCUAAAUUGAACCUAAAUCAGACCAUUGAUACAUACGACCCUGGUCAACAGCCCCAUUUUGUAUUUCUGAUGAACAAGAACUGUGUAUUGUCCACAGGGGAACUGUCCUUGACUUGUAGCUAACUCUGUCCUAUCUUCAUCUCAGUUCUGGAAGUCCAACCCCAGUAUCCUAGCAGUGCAAAGGUCAGCUAUGCUAAGGAAACAGCAACUCCAGCAACAACAACAACAGAGCUCUUCUAACAGUGGAUCGGUGGGUGGCGUUAUCAAUCAUUUUACUUCCAUCGUUAUUCAAGGUGUAUUCUAAGGCUCAAAUUCAGUAAAGAUGGGAGAUUAUUCAUCUUAAAAUUUGAAUAAAAUAUUCCCUCAGUUUUAUAGCUUGGUGUUUGGUGGUAAUUAGUUCUGUCAUUCAUUGAUUUGGUGGUAUAUAGGUUAUAACACACAUUAUUACACACAGGUAGGCUAGAACAUGUUUGUUAUUUGGGACUUAGUUUCUAAUCUGAUGUUUUUCAGGAUUCGUCGAGCAGUGACGAUUCAGAUGACGACUCAAGUGGAAAGAGAAGGAAGUGAGUUGUACUCCCCGACAUCGUUCAGUGGGUGAUAUCAAACACCCUGACUAUGUUGCUAUACUAUUGGUAUAAUGCUCCCCUGUGUCCAUCUCUAGAUCGGGUUCUGGAUCGUCCUCCGGGUCUGGGUCGGGGUCCGGGAGUGGUUCCGGUUCUGACUCGUCAGCACAGGAACAGGAGCACAGCGAGGAGUCGGAUGACUACGAGCCCAGUCACAAAGUCAAAAGCAGGAAGCCUCCAACCAAGUAAGAGUUCGUUUUUUUUGUAUGCCAAUAGAUGACUAUUUAUACCUUCACAUUAAGACUCCUCAUUUUCACCAUUACACUGUGGAUAUAGUCAAUAUCCAAAGGAAGGUCCUUUAUCGCCUCAUACCUAUUAGGUCCAUUGAUGACAGCUCAGUCUGAUUUAGCAGUAGUAUCGGCAUGGUAACUAUUUCUGGAUGCAAACCAAUCCUUUUAGAAUGGAUGCUCAGCCACCACAAUUCAUCACUAGACUGUCAAUGGCACUAAAGAUGUGCUUCAUUGUUGAGGGAGCUAGCACGUAAGCGUUUCACUGCACCUUUUUAUACCUGCGCUAAUCUGUGUAAUAAACAAAUACAAUUUGAUUUGAAGAUCAAAUGACCUUUCUAAGGGUGGAGGAGAGGAAACACUGUCUGUACUGUGCUACUCUCCUGUUCACUGUCUGUACUGUGCUACUCUCCUGUUCACUGUCUGUACUGUGCUACUCUCCUGUUCACUGUCUGUACUGUGCUACUCUCCUGUUCACUGUCUGUACUGUGCUACUCUCCUGUUCACUGUCUGUACUGUGCUACUCUCCUGUUCACUGUCUGUACUGUGCUACUCUCCUGUUCACUGUCUGUACUGUGCUACUCUCCUGUUCACUGUCUGUACUGUGCUACUCUCCUGUUCACUGUCUGUACUGUACUACUCUCCUGUUCACUGUCUGUACUGUGCUACUCUCCUGUUCACUGUCUGUACUGUGCUACUCUCCUGUUCACUGUCUGUACUGUGCUACUCUCCUGUUCACUGUCUGUACUGUGCUACUCUCCUGUUCACUGUCUGUACUGUGCUACUCUCCUGUUCACUGUCUGUACUGUGCUACUCUCCUGUUCACUGUCUGUACUGUGCUACUCUCCUGUUCACUGUCUGUACUGUACUACUCUCCUGUUCACUUUCUCCCUUCAGGGCCAACGCCAGAAACGGGAAGAAGAGCAACGUGCCGAGGAAAAAGCCCUCGGCGGGCUCGUCCUCGGACCACGAGGACUACGACGGUAAGAAGUCGUCGUCCAACCAGGGGCCCAGGCGCCAGGCCACGCAGAACGUCAGCUACAAGGAGGACGACGAGGCGAAGACCGACUCUGACGACCUGGUGGAGGUGUGCGGGGAGGACGUGCCCCCGCCGGACGAGGAGGAGUUUGAGACCCUGGAGCGCGUGAUGGAGACGCGGAUAGGGAGGAGGGGAGGUAAAGAGACAGAACCAUAAGAGUCAAAGUACCCAUUUAACUAAGUUGAUAGUUGCCAUGACGCCCUGGUAGCAACCUAGACAGAGCUCCUGAACAUGUUUACAUAUUUAGUUAUUUUAAAGUGUUUUUCAUUAUUUUUAGGAACCAACAUUCUAUUUGUUUUGAUAAUGAGUUUUUGUUGCAUAUAUUUGGUUGUUUUGAGCCACGGAUUUGCAGAUUGACUGACAAGUCAACUCUUUUUGACUUGGCUAGCUAGAACAUGUUUUUGUUUGAAAAAUGCAUCUGGACACAGUACCAUUUUUAUUUUUAUUUUUUCACCUGGCUGCUUGAAGCUUGAGAGGAAUGGGAGAUAGAGGACUACAGCAGUGGUGAGGCAGAGGGCUCGUAGUGAGGACGACUGAAUACUACUCUGAACUUUGUGUGUUGAGUGUUUUGGCGCCCAGAGCUGCCAAGGCAUCCCCCAAGUGGGUGCUUCACAGAGUGGAAGAGGAGAAGUCCAGUGGCUAUAAGACUCACGCUGGUUCCCAGACUGGCCCUGUACCAGAUCAUCAGCAUCAUUUACCAUCCUUUGACCAGCUCCCUACGCUGACGCCAUGAACUGACCCUCUACAUCUGCAGAGGAUGCAGCUUUCAAAGACUUGGCCUCUUUUGGUUGGCCUGACCUGUCAUGAUAUAUUGCUUGCUUGUUUGUUAGUUAUUUGCUUAUGAAGCGCUUUGAGGUUUUUUAUAAAUUCUUAUUAUUCCCAUACUAAACACAGGUUGUUAUUUUUCCCCCGCAGCGACGGGAGGCACCACCACAGUGUACGCAGUGGAGGCAGACGGAGACCCCAACGCCAACUUCAACCCCAACAAGGAGGCUGGCGAGCAGCAGUACCUGUUCAAGUGGAAAGGCUGGUCCCACAUCCACAACACCUGGGAGACGGAGGAGACGCUCAAGCUGCAGAACGUCAAGGGCAUGAAGAAACUAGACAACUUCAAGAAGAAGGAAUCGGACAAGAAGAAAUGGUAAGAUAAUAAAUCAUUAAUCAGAGAUGGGAAAUGUGUUUGUCAAUCAUAGUCACAAAAGAAAGAAACUAUCAAUAAUACAAAUAUUAAAAAACAGAAGUCAACAUUUGUGGCCUUGGCUAUUGGUUGGAAGAGGUGUUUUUGAGUGCCAGAUAAGAGUUAGAUUGGGUAUGAUUUUUUUGCUAUUAUAUUGUUUUCCUUCUCCAGGAUAAAAUGUUCUUCACCAGAGGAUGUGGAAUACUUCAACUGUCAACAGGAGCUCAUGGACGACUUACACUCACAAUAUCAGCUGGUGGAGAGGAUAAUUGGUGAGAUGUCCUACUGCCGAGGCGUUCCUUCCAUUGUUUACAGUUUGGGGUGGGACAUAGGAUUGAGAUGUAUAGAGCAGACUACACUACUUUAUGCAGAGUCCGUUUUGUGGUAGUUCUAUAAAUAACAUUCUUAAAGUAUUGCCUGAAUAUUUUUGUUUUGAUCGGCAAUCGCACCCUUUUAACAUGUUCUGAUUUGAUGUCACCCAGGGCAUUCAAAUCAGAAGUCGGCAGCGGGUUUCCCGGACUACCUGUGCAAGUGGCAGGGCCUGUCGUACUCUGAGUGCAGCUGGGAGGAUGGAGCCCUCAUCUCCAGAAAGUACCAGAAGAGUAUAGAUGACUACAUGCGCAGAAACCAGUCCAAGUCCAUUCCCUCAAGAGACUGCAAGGUAAGGAGUAGGUUGAUAUUGACCUUAGACCAGGGAAAGGCAACUAGAUUCAGCCGCGGGCAGAUUUUUGUCGAAGAGGAUGGUCGGGGGCAGGAACAUAAUUAUAAUAAUUGAUACACUGCAAAUUGACCACAACUACAGUGGUCCUCUGUAGCUCAGUUGGUAGAGCACGGCGCUUGUAACGCCAAGGUAGUGGGUUCGAUCCCCGGGACCACCCAUACACAAACAAUUUAUGCACGCAUGACUGUAAGUCGCUUUGGAUAAAAGCGUCUGCUAAAUGGCAUAUUAUUAUUAUAUUAUAACUAAGCCCCAAAAUAAAUGGUCUUUUGAAAAUAACAAUCAUUACAUACACAGAGACACGAUCACAUAUACACUGCUAAAAAAUUUUAAGGGAACACUAAAAUAACACAUCCUAGAUCUGAAUGAAUGAAAUAAUCUUAUUAAAUACUUUUUUCUUUACAUAGUUGAAUGUGCUGACAACAAAAUCACACACAUGAUCAAUGGAAAUCAAAUUUAUCAACCCAUGGAGGUCUGGAUUUGGAGUCACCCUCAAAAUUAAAGUGGAAAACCACACUACAGGCUGAUCCAACUUUGAUGUAAUGUCCUUAAAACAAGUCAAAAUGAGGCUCAGUAGUGUGUGUGUGGCCUCCACGUGCCUGUAUGACCUCCCUACAACGCCUGGGCAUGCUCCUGAUGAGGUGGCGGAUGGUCUCCCGAGGGAUCUCCUCCCAGACCUGGACUAAAGCAUCCGCCAACUCCUGGACAGUCUGUGGUGCAACGUGGCGUUGGUGGAUGGAGCGAGACAUGAUGUCCCAGAUGUGCUCAAUUGGAUUUAGGUCUGGGGAACGGGCCGGCCAGUCCAUAGCAUCAAUGCCUUCCUCUUGCAGGAACUGCUGACACACUCCAGCCACAUGAGGUCUAGCAUUGUCUUGCAUUAGGAGGAACCCAGGGCCAACCGCACCAGCAUAUGGUCUCACAAGUGGUCUGAGGAUCUCAUCUCGGUACCUAAUGGCAGUCAGGCUACCUCUGGCGAGCACAUGGAGGGCUGUGCGGCCCCCCAAAGAAAUGCCACCCCACACCAUGACUGACCCACUGCCAAACCGGUCAUGCUGGAGGAUGUUGCAGGCAGCAGAACGUUCUCCACGGCGUCUCCAGACUCUGUCACGUCUGUCACGUGCUCAGUGUGAACCUGCUUUCAUCUGUGAAGAGCACAGGGCGCCAGUGGCGAAUUUGCCAAUCUUGGUGUUCUCUGGCAAAUGCCAAACGUCCUGCACGGUGUUGGGCUGUAAGCACAACCCCCACCUGUGGACGUCGGGCCCUCAUACCACCCUCAUGGAGUCUGUUUCUGACCGUUUGAGCAGACACAUGCACAUUUGUGGCCUGCUGGAGGUCAGUUUGCAGGGCUCUGGCAGUGCUCCUCCUUGCACAAAGGCGGAGGUAGCAGUCCUGCUGCUGGGUUGUUGCCCUCCUACGGCCUCCUCCACGUCUCCUGAUGUACUGGCCUGUCUCCUGGUAGGGCCUCCAUGCUCUGGACACUACGCUGACAGACACAGCAAACCUUCUUGCCACAGUUCGAAUUGAUGUGCCAUCCUGGAUGAGCUGCACUACCUGAGCCACUUGUGUGGGUUGUAGACUCCGUCUCAUGCUACCACUAGAGUGAAAUCACCGCCAGCAUUCAAAAGUGACCAAAACAUCAGCCAGGAAGCAUAGGAACUGAGAAGUGGUCUGUGGUCACCACCUGCAAAACCAGUCCUUUAUUGGGGGUGUCUUGCUAAUUGCCUAUAAUUUCCACCUGUUGUCUAUUCCAUUUGCACAACAGCAUGUGAAUUUUAUUGUCAAUCAGUGUUGUUUCCUAAGUGGACAGUUUGAUUUCACAGAAGUGUGAUUGACUUGGAGUUACAUUGUGUUGUUUAAGUGUUCCCUUUAUUUUUUUGAGCAGUGUAUUUUAUUUUUUCUUGAGUACAGAUUUCCUAAAUUAACCAAGAAUUCAUCCCCAAAAAUAUUUUAGUCUUUAAAAAAAAAAAAAAAUUUGACCAAUUUCCUCCACUUAAGGCCCCCCUUGGUCUGUCCUUGCAUAGCACAUCUGAAUGGAUUGGAAAGGGGAAAUCAGCAAUGUUGUCCUAUUUCUGUUACCUAUCCAUUCCCUUUAAAAAACUGAGGACCUGGCAAGGACCCAGAUGUAGAGACUUGGGAUCGUUUUAGGAGCCGGCGGUAGUUUGAGUAUUUGACUUACAGCAGUCGUCCCUUUUGGAAUGACAGAGAACUGUCAUUGGAAUGACUUGUUUUAAUUUAGAACUUCAAACUCUCUCUCUUUCCUCCCAUCUCACUCUCUCCUGUCUCCUCGUCAGGUGUUGAAACAGAGGCCGAGGUUUAUUCCCAUGAAGAAACAGCCAUCCUAUAUCGGAGGAGAAGGACUGGAGCUCCGAGACUACCAGUUGGACAGCUUGAACUGGAUGGCUCACUCCUGGUGCAAGUACGUCAUAGUAUUCUUGAGCUUCCGUGGUUGUUGUGUUACAUUUUGACUAUUUUGAAUUAUUUUCUUAUUUUUUGCUAAACUCAGCAUUUGGGUGUUUCAUAAUUCAAAUUAAAUAUCACUGUUCGAACCCCAGACAUCCUGAAUUUCAUUGCGAUUCACUUUUCACUAUCUGAAACCAGACAAUAAAAAGUUACUCAGAAUAACUUUACUGAGGACAAAAAAUACAAUUUGCCACAUUUAGUUUCUUUGGCUGUUAAUAUAUAUAUUAUCUUUGUACAAAAUACUGUUCAUCAUCCUGUCGAUGCUCCCAACACUUUUCUCACCAUCCUCUCGUCUUUCCCCAGGGGGAACAGUUGCAUCCUGGCAGACGAGAUGGGUCUGGGCAAAACCAUCCAGACAAUCUCCUUCCUCAACUACCUGUUCCAUGAUCACCAGCUGUACGGACCCUUCCUGCUGGUGGUGCCCCUUUCCACGCUCGUCUCCUGGCAGAGAGAGAUCCAGCUGUGGGCCCCCCUCAUGAACGUGGUGGUCUACCUGGGAGACAUUAGCAGCCGGGGCAUGGUAGGCUACAGUCGUAGUGAUGGAUAUGAUAGAUGGCAUGGUAGGCUACAGCUGUAGUGAUGGAUAUGAUAGAUGACAUGGUAGGCUACAGUCGUAGUGAUGGAUAUGAUAGAUGACAUGGUAGGCUACAGCCGUAGUGAUGGAUAUGAUAGAUGACAUGGUAGGCUACAGUCGUAGUGAUGGAUAUGAUAGAUGACAUGGUAGGCUACAGCCGUAGUGAUGGAUAUGAUAGAUGGCAUGGUAGGCUACAGUCGUAGUGAUGGAUAUGAUAGAUGACAUGGUAGGCUACAGCUGUAGUGAUGGAUAUGAUAGAUGACAUGGUAGGCUACAGUCGUAGUGAUGGAUAUGAUAGAUGAUUUUUAAUGAUUCAGAACAGAUGAGAGAAUAAGUUGCAGGGUUUUUCAUACUGCCGAUAUUGCAUUGGGGUUUCUGGCAUUUGAUAUUUGAAGAAGAGUGUUUACUGCGACGUUGCUAUUUCAAGAUUGAGACACCACUUCCAGACUUUUGACUUUUCUUGAAUUAAGGCUACAUUUAAUUAUGAAUUCCUCUUCGUUACUUUUUAGAUCAGAACACAUGAAUGGAUGCACGUUCAGAACAAGAGACUCAAGUUUAACAUCCUGCUAACAACAUAUGAAAUUCUCCUAAAAGAUAAGGUAAGAUCAGGUUUCUUAGAUCUUUGUAACGUGUGAGUUGUUGAAAGAAUUUACUCUUGAAGGGCAAUAAACGUCAUUAAUCAAUUAAUGAUGUACACAAUAAAACCUGAGCUAAACUGCACACAGAGAAAAAAAUGGUAUCCACGAGUUCAUCUGACUCUGGGGAAGUAGAUAAAGGACCUCAUUGCCAAAGUCCAGAAAUAUCCCUUUUUAAUAUAGUCAUUUAGCUUUUGCCCAAGUGACUUAUUGUCAACAUUUAACAUCGAAUUCCCAACCCUGUUGUGGCCAUCACCAUGCGUUAACCCACUUAGCUAUUGACACCACAUUGUAACUACCACUCUGUGUCCACUAUGCAGGGAUUCCUGGGGAACGUGCCAUGGGCCUUCAUCGGCGUGGACGAGGCCCACCGGCUGAAGAACGACGACUCGCUGCUUUAUAAGACCAUGAUGGACUUCAAGUCCAACCACCGGCUGCUCAUCACCGGCACGCCGCUGCAGAACUCACUCAAAGAGCUCUGGUCCCUGCUGCACUUCAUCAUGCCCGAAAAGUAGGUCACCUGGCUACCUCGCCGGUGUGUAUGGGGGGGUGGGGGGGGGGUUGACGGUCCUAUUUAAUUUCAUUGUGUGUGGUGUGAAGGCCAUCAGUCCUAUAGGAAUUAACGGAGUGGCUGCGGAUCCGAUGGUGCUCGUUUUUAAUAAAGUCCGAUCAAAGCUGAAUCAAUGUCUGAACAGUAUUCUACGUAACAGAAUCGUAUAUAAUGGCAUAGUAUAACGUUACUGUAAGACAAAAACAACAGUUUUUCCAUUCAUGUGGCCAAAACUCAACAGCGAACACAACUAAGCAAAAUACACAGGUAGGCUAUGCUACAGUUUAACACCAUCUGCUCAAAAAUUUGUCCACUGGCCAUCAUUCGAAACAGCACUAUAACUCAAGAAGAUCUAAAUGCAUGUCCCCAUGAUCAAAUGGUUACUCUGCAGAAUGAUGCUGCAUGGAUGUUGCACUGGUAAAACUUAAAGAAUUAUCAUUCAUGUUUGAAUGCUGUAUUGUUUUACAUGAACUUUAUACUAUGCUAUUAUAUUGGGUUCUGUUAUGUAGAGUACUAUCAUUAUGUGAUCUUGUAGACAGUGAUUCAGCUUUUAUCUAACUUCAUUAAAAGAUAACCAUUCUCCUGAGUAGCCUGGUCGCUAUGUGUUGUACAGAAUAUAAACAUGCCUAGAGGCUUCGGGAAGCUCGGAAGCGGAUCCGCAGCCAAAGCCAUGAGUUAAUGGUGUGUUUGUGUGUAAUAAUAAUGUGGAGGGUGCUUAUAUUGGUCCUGUUACAUAUACAAGUGUGAAUUGGGAAUGUUUCUUGCAUAUCCCAAAUUCCCCUGACACCUGCAGCGAGUGGGGUCAUGGCCAGGGUCACCAUUGUCCAGCGCCCCUGGCGCAAUUGGGGUUCAGUGCCUUGCUCAAGUGACACAGCGACAGAAUUUACACCUUUUCGGCUUUGGGAUUCGAACCAGCGACCUUUUGGUUACUGGCCCAACGCUCUGUGUGAAGACUAACUGUCCUAUAUGAGUUAAUGGUGUGUAUGAAUGUGUGAGAACAGUCCUAUAUGAUCUCAUGGGGUGGCUGGGAAUCAAGGUACCAAGCUGGUUGAAAUAUGUUUCUUUGUCCUUGUUCUGGAGCUUUCGGUCCUCAGAGCAGUGCUGAUAUCUGGCCGUAUGCCCGUGUUUGUGUGUGUUUUCAGGUUCCACUCGUGGGAGAUAUUUGAGGAGGAACAUGGGAAGGGUAGGGACUCUGGCUACACCAGUCUACACAAGGAGCUGGAGCCCUUUCUGCUGCGUAGAGUCAAGAAGGAUGUGGAGAAGUCUCUUCCUGCUAAAGUAGAGCAGAUCCUCAGAGUGGAGAUGAGCGCCAUUCAGAAACAGUACUACAAGUAAGAACAGAUAAAUACUACUCAUUCAGAAACAGUACUACACGUAAGAACAUAAAUACUACUCCAUACUCAUUCAGAAACAGUACUACACGUAAGAACAGAAAUACUAAUCAUCCAUACUCAUUCAGAAACAGUACUACAUGUAAGAACAGAUAAUGUCUUCUUUUCAGAAACAGUACUAUGAACAAGAACAGAGAAUUAGUACUCAUUCAGAAACCGUACUACAAGUCAGAACAGAUGGAUACUACUAGGGAUGGGCACGGUUAAGCGAAUAUCCGGAUAUCCGAAAGGACGUUAGUAUUUGAUUACUUGAGUGAGUGUAAACAUUUUGAGAAUAAAAAAUGUACCGGUAGGCCUAUUUUAACAAUAAAAAAAGCUGUCUAAAUUACUAUUUAUUCAGAAACCGUACUACAGGUAAGAACAGAUGGAUACUAGAGCUUGGCGAUAUGGGGAGAACUCCAUAUAUAGGCCACCUACUCAUUCAAGGGUUUUUCUUUAUUUUUACUAUUUUCUACAUUGUAGAAUAAUAGUGAAGACAUCAAAACUAUGAAAUAACAAAUAUGGAAUCAUGUAGUAACCAAACAAGUUAAACAAAUCAAAAUAUAUUUUAUAUUUCAGAUUCUUCAAAGUAGCCACCCUUUUGCAUUGACAGCUUUGCACACUCUUGGCCGUGUAGGCUCAUUUGAUUAAUCUAUCAGUAAAUGUAGGCUAAUGUCCUACAAAAACUUUCCAACACUAGGACUAGGCUGCUUGAUGUAGGUGCACCUACUCAGGUUGUAAAGUUGUUCCAUGAACUCAAUAUUAAGAGGUGAGAAACAAGCUGUUGACUCUCCUCUCUGUAACUAGAACAGUAGUUUCUUUUGAAAACUGUAUUUUUCCCGCAAUUUUGGGCAACGGUCAUAUGCUUGUGCUUCUCAGAAUGCAUCUCUCCCUCCUCUGUGCGCACAGUGGGGAGAGGCAGUGAGAGUCAGCAGCUGAUAGCAAAACAGGGACAGGCAGGUACUUUCAUAGCAGGAAUCACCAUAAUGCAUAGGGUAUUAAUGUUGACCAAAUAAUGGUUCUAGAACAAUCUACAGGAACGUUGUGUAGAAAAAUCACCGAAGAUUAUCGACGUAAGCAAAAUGCUUCGGUAAGAGGAAGGCAACGUCGGUGUCUGUAAUUUUCUGUUAAUCGUCCCAGCUCUACUAGAUGCUACUCAUUGUGAACAGAACUAAAAGUAACAUCGUAUUGCCUUCUGCCAUAUCCUGCAAUGCAAAUUACCAGAGCCAUGAAGCCAAUAGAAACUAACAAUGGGAGCAGACAAGAUCAAUGUUUAUGCACAUCAAGGACAAUCUCCAGAUAUUCAGUGCCACGGCUUAGACCCAAUUGGCCUCAUUUAACAGAAUAUAUUGAUAAAUCGAAGGAAUACCUCUGGUAUAACGUUUUAGGAAGAUUUGAACACUUCUUAGAUGCACUUCUGGAGGACGCUCCUGUGCUGGUGCUGUCGUCUCUCUCCAAGUGCUGCAGCUUCAGCCCAGAGGCUCUCAGCAGCUUUCUGGCUGUACAGUUAGAGGCGUGUGAGAGCAGUCUACCGGUCUCGUUGGCGUGUGAGAGCAGUCUACCGGUCUCGUUGGCGUGUGAGAGCAGUCUACCGGUCUCGUUGGCGUGUGAGAGCAGUCUACCGGUCUCGUUGGCGUGUGAGAGCAGUCUACCGGUCUCGUUGGCGUGUGAGAGCAGUCUACCGGUCUCGUUGGCGUGUGAGAGCAGUCUACCGGUCUCGUUGGCGUGUGAGAGCAGUCUACCGGUCUCCUCAGUCCCCCUUCUGCACUGGCAACGCUCAGUUCUACUGUUGGGAAUCUACCCGUGCAGCUUGGCUGGGGGGGGUUGGACAACACACCCUUUUUUUAGUUCCACUGAGACUUUGAGGGCUUCUUCAGGAGUGUGCAAUGUUCCAAAACGUACAGCUAGAUAUCGAAGAUGUGCUUCACCUUUUUGUAUAAAUAAACCGAUCAGCCACCUCGCCUCAAUAGUUAAACAGGCAUAUGGCUCCAUAACACUGAGGGGCUGUUUCCCAGACAGAAAUUAAGCCUAAUCUUGGACUAAAUUGCUCUUUUAAACUGGACUAAUGAAAAUGUGAACUUCUCGAACAUGGUAUGAAAUAGACCUUAAUUAAUCUGGAUGGAAAUUAGGGCUAUUCUAGGUCUUUAUGGGUAUAAACUAAACCUAGGAGGUGGGUUUAACUUCAGGUUUCCUGUUUAUCCUGACUGAGUUGGAAGUUAAUUUGGAGCGCUCCUUUUCCAAAUUAGUUAAUCCAGAAUUAAUAAAUUCAUGUAGUUUUUUUUAUGAAAUGCAUUGCAAAUGGUAGUAAAAAUAAAAAAAUAUAGUUGUCGUUCUGUUGCAGAAUCAAGCUGUAUUGGGGUAUAAAAAAAAAAAUACAAUAAAAAAACUACUAACCCUGUGUGUGUUCGGUCAAACAGGUGGAUCUUGACAAGGAACUACAAGGCCCUGAGUAAAGGCACCAAGGGCAGCACGUCUGGCUUCCUAAACAUCAUGAUGGAGCUGAAGAAGUGCUGCAACCACUGCUACCUCAUCAAGCCACCAGAGGACAGCGAGUUCUACAAUAAACAGGAGGCCUUACAGGUGGGUGGGGGGGGGGGGGUAAAUAAAUGUGCGUACAAACUUUAUAAUUAUUUGUGUCCUCUGUAGCUCAGCUGGUAGAGCACGGCGCUUGUAACGCCAAGGUAGUGGGUUCGAUCCCCGGGACCACCCAUACACAAAAAAAAUGUUUGAUGCACGCAUGACUGUAAGUCGCUUUGGAUAAAAGCGUCUGCUAAAUGGCAUAUUAUAUUAUUAUUAUUUGUGUGACACUCCUUACUCACUCAAUUGUCAAACCUUGGCAUCAAGGCAUUCUGGAGGGCCGAGAGCACGUCCACUGACUUGAAGCUUAAAUUGAGUUUUAAAUGUGGGGAUGUAGCUGCACCUAACACACUUCGGUUUUGAAAAAUUAUAUUACGCUAACAGAGUAAUUACUUACCAACAACAGCUGCAAAUUCCAAUAAAACUACAUUACGUUUUUGAAGUUUUCCUUGCUUUUCCAACGACACUAUCGUGAAUCUAGCAAAAAAAGUUUUGUGGGUCAGAGUGCAGUAUUUGUGUUUCAUAGCACGAACGGUUGGUUAGCACGCUCUUUUAUAAGUCUGCUCACUGUAGUUACUGUAGGCCUCUUUUAUGAGAAGGGUUAGCUAGGUAAUGCUGAGUUUUGUCCAAUAUCCAUAUCUCAGGAUAUUUAUUAUUUGCGUUGAAUUCUACUGAAUCACUGUAGUUGUUGGGGGUUAUCUUUACAGUAAAUAUAAUGGUGGUGGAUAGGCCUUCAAUGCAAGCUGCAGAGGUUGCCUUACAACAAGAUGAUCCUGACAUUUUAAAGGUUAAAAAGGUGGACUUUGUGGCCUUUAUUGCAAUGGUGAUUAAUGGCACUGCCAAGGUGGAGAAAAGAUAUAGGAAGAUAGAAAUCAUUGUGGGAGCGGCGGAGCGGUUCCUGGGGCUGAAAGAUUUCUCGGCAAAAGAGUUACAUGGAAUAUUGUCAGUACUAACUGUAAGUCGCUCUGGAUAAGAGCGUCUGCUGAAUGACUAAAAUGUAAAUGUAAUUAUUUCCAGAGUUAGCAUAGACGCACACUAAUCUCUCUCCCCCUGCAGCACCUCAUCCGGAGCAGUGGGAAGCUGGUGCUCCUGGACAAGCUGCUUCUGCGCCUGCGAGAGCGAGGUCACCGUGUGCUCAUCUUCUCCCAGAUGGUCCGGAUGCUGGACAUCCUGGCCGAGUACCUGAAGAGCCGCCAGUUCCUCUUCCAGGUCAGCAGCUCACUGGCUCCUUAUGUACAGAUCUAGGAUCAGCUUCCCCUCUCCUAAUCCUAAACUUAACCAUUAGCGGGAGAAAAGCAAAACUGACCCAGGAUCAGUGCCCUAAGGGCAGCUUCACCACAUUCCCUUUCCCAUGUCCUUUCCAUAUACAGGCCUCUCCCGCUACAGGUAUACCAGGACUGUGGUUUUAAAGGGACACUGUGAGAUUCAGGCAUUUUAAGCCCUUGUUCUACUUACCCAGAUGAACACGUGGAUACCAUUUUUAUGUCUGCGUGCUGUAUGAAGGAAAUUAGCAUCGCUACGGUGUACCUGUGGACUUCCAGUCAUUGCGCUAACGCUAGUUAGCAUUGGCUUCCCGAAACUACCGCUAACUUCCUUCAUACGGCAUGCAGAGACAUAACAAUGGUAUACACGUGUUCAUCUGCCUCUGGGUAAGUAGAACAAGGGCCAGAAAAAGAACCAAAAAAAGUGAUGUGUGGGUUGAAUCCUACCUAAAGAAGUCUUCACUACAUCAUUUUAUUGUGCAAAUAGGCACGAUGGCUUACUAAAAAACGGUAAGUAAGGUGCUUUCCUAGUCAGGAUUCAGCUCGGUGGUUAUCUAAGCAAAGUAUCUAGAGGCUCCUUAAGUGUUACCAUACUUAAACCCCUAAAGAUAAGCAAAAUGCAAAAACAUUUCAACGUUCAAGAACAUUGAGGAGAGUUUGCUGUAGCUGGGACGAGGACUAUAUGUGUCUUGUCUUUGUAGAGAUUGGACGGCUCCAUCAAGGGAGAGAUGAGGAAACAGGCGCUGGACCAUUUCAACGCUGAGGGCUCUGAGGUAAGUGUGGAAUGAAUGUAUCAUAAUAUCUACUGCUGCGCUAACAGCCAGGGAUUGGGGACAAAUCAGAUUACUUCCUGAAUCGACUGAAUUGAAUACUGACUUGAUCCCAACCCUGCUAAUUUUACUCAAUAGUCCAAUCAAGUUCACUCAUGGGGUGAAAUAUAGAAUUGGAAAUCUACUGUAAUGAACCGUCUUACACUCAACGUUAUUACAUCUCACUUCCUCUACCCAGGAUUUCUGCUUCUUGUUGUCAACACGGGCGGGCGGUCUGGGCAUCAACCUGGCGUCGGCCGACACGGUGGUCAUCUUCGACUCGGACUGGAACCCUCAGAAUGACCUGCAGGCCCAGGCCAGAGCCCACAGGAUUGGCCAGAAGAGACAGGUACGCAACCAAUCACUUUGUCAAGUUGACUUGCGUUCGCGUUCAAGUUUUGUUACCCAAUGACAAAGCGGUUAACAAACCAAAAUGGCAUAGAUUAAUACAGGUUUUAGAGCUAUUGGUCAUUGGUCUGUCUUACCAUUUUAUGUGUCUAGUGAUGUGUAGUGGUGUAUAUUGAUGUGUAUACAGGGCUCAUCUGUAAAAGAGACCUUGGUCUCAGCAUGACUCUCUGUCAAAAUAAAGAUUUUUAAAAAAACAGGCCAAUUUGUUUGCACAACACGUGUUGUCAAGUUGUAUUGAUACCCAAUGACAGCAGGCACAAGACCAAGAUACAUGGCCCAGGUUGUAGUGAAUGGUGUUGUAAAGCUAUUGCUGUGAAUCUCCUAUGAUUUUAAAUAUUCACCCUAUAUCCUAAACAACCAUGCUUUCCCAGUGGGAACAAAACGUCUGAAAUAAAGGAUUACAGAGUUGUGGACAUAACUUAACACAACAUGAAACCUGUGUGUAUCCCAGGUGAACAUCUACCGUCUGGUGACUAAGAGCUCGGUGGAGGAGGAGAUCAUUGAGCGGGCCAAAAAGAAGAUGGUGCUGGAUCAUCUAGUCAUCCAGAGGAUGGACACCACGGGCAAGACGGUCCUACACACCGGCACCGCCCCCUCCAGGUACACACACACACACACACACACACACACACACACACACACACACCGAAAACACACUCACUCUCUCAAAUCUCUAGGUGCUUACAUACAGGCAAGGGCCUACAAACUCACGCAAGUACACAUGCAAGCGUGCACACAUUUUUAUAUUUUAGUCAUUUAGCGGACGCUCUUAUCCAGAGUGACUUACAGGAGCAAUUGGGGUGAAGUGCCUUGGGGAUUGGAACCGGCGACCUUUCGGUUACUGGCCCAACUCUCUUAACUAGGCUACCUGCUUACCUGCUGCUUUACACACACACACACACACACACACACACACACACCCCCCCUUACUCUCUCAACUACAUCAACAAAACACACACACACCCUUACUCUCUCAACUACAUCAACAAAACACACACUUCCUCAGUGUGCUUACAGUCUUUUUGCAGACACAACCCUAUACCCUCUAGACGCUUACUCACAAAUACACAUACCAUCCUUUUGAGGUGUUCACGGUCAUGCACACACACACCUGCAAGGUUUUCUGUGUUCUCAUUUGGAACUUCCAUCACUUGCAGUGCCACUCCGUUCAACAAGGAGGAGCUGUCGGCCAUUUUGAAGUUUGGUGCUGAGGAGCUGUUCAAGGAGCAGGAGGGGGAGGAACAGGAGCCUCAGGUUUGUCACUCACCUCAUCACUAUAUCACGAUACUCAUUUUCUGUGGCAAAAAAGCAGACUAAACUCUUUAAAAACCCGCUUUAUCUAAAGUAGUGUGUGUUAUAUCAUGGGGUGAGGGGAAAACAAAAGUGACUGGGGGUGAAAACAUAAGGCUGUUUGUUUUCAACGUUUUUGACAAGAUAUUAAUUCUGCAUCAUGUUUUGUUUACUUGCCAUGAUACUAAUGAGUAUCGCGAUACUGAUAUCCUGACAACCCUAAUCCUUAUCAUUGUGUGUCCUAAGUGUGGAACUUUGCAGUUACUAUUAAUCUCUCCUGUUGCGUUGGUUCUGAUGUAGACCUAUAUUGUCCCUGUGUUUCUGAUCAAAUCCAGGUUCCCCUCCUGUUGAUCGAUAAAGUUGAUACAUUUUUCAUAAACUGACUGUUUGGUUUCCCUCUGGCAGGAUAUGGACAUCGAUGAUAUCCUGAAGAGAGCCGAGACCAGAGAGAACGACCCCGGCCCCUCCACUGUUGGAGAGGAGCUGCUCUCACAGUUCAAGGUAUAUAUCACGUUCAUCGCAAAUAAAGGCUUUUUCAAAAGAACCGCUAACGGAAAGAACGGCACUAGUAAGAGUGAAAAGAAGUACCACAGUGUUAAAAAAAGUAAUAUAUAUUUACCAUGCGUUUUCUAGUACAGGACUAGGCUAAAUCGGUGUCCAGGAAACCGGCCCUAAAUCGGUGUCCAGGAAACCGGCGCUGAAAAAGUAAUAUUUAAGUCAAUCCGCUGAGCCUCUGUGACCUCUCAACCUAACUUUGACCCCUCCCUGCCAGGUGGCCAACUUCUCCAUGAUGGAGGAGGAGGAGAUCGUCAUGGAUUCUGAGCGCCACCAUCGGGGCUGGGACGACAUCAUCCCUGAGGAGCAGCGGCGGCGGAUGGAGGAGGAGGAGAGACAGAAGGAGCUGGAGGAGAUCUACCUGCUGCCCCGCAUGAGGAACUGUGCCAAACAGGUUAGCUAGGGGGCCCUCCCUCUCUCUCUCUCUCACACACACACACACACACACACACACACACACACACACACACACACACACACACAGCAGUACUCUCCAAUACAGAGAUUGGGUUUAUCAAUGAAUCAAAACAGGAAUGCCAGAUUUUUCAGAAAUCUUCUGUAUCUUAGCAGUAUAAUGGACUGGUAGCUUUUUUGUCUUCUGAAUUAAUAUGUUGUGCUAAACAGUCCCAUCCCUUUUAGUGGAUGAUGUGCAGGUGGUCCCAUUGAAACCCUCAGAACAUGGUUCUAAUUCAAAAAAUAAAAUGUUUGUUUGUUUUAUGGUUCCAGGUCAAUUUUAACGGCAAUGAGAGCCGGCGUAGCAGAAACAGACGGUAUUCCGGCUCCGACAGCGACUCUGUCUCGGAUCGCAAGAGGCCCAAGAAACGAGGACGGCCUCGGACCAUUCCACGAGAAAACAUCAAGGGCUUCAGCGAUGCUGAGAUACGAAGGUAAUCACUACACAUGGGAUGCAUCCCAAAUGGACCCUUUUCUCUUUAUAUCACUAUAGGGAAUAGGGUGUCAUUUAGGAAACACCUGUGGUGUUGUUAAACGUCUUCUAUCCUGUGGGAAUAAGUACCUGAAAAGUCCCACACACACACACACCUUUUGGGGAUGUAGAAAAUGCACUCACUUCCAUUACCUUGACUACACCUCAACUUUUUGUAUUUUUCUACACAGAUUUAUCAAGAGCUACAAAAAGUUUGGUGGACCACUUGAAAGGUAAAUGCAGGCAAAAACUACAAAAUGUGGUUUCUUUUUUUUUGACAACUUUUCUCAACAUGCUAUUUGACCCCCCCAAAAAAACCUCCUAUCUCUCUCAGACUGGAUGCUAUCGCCCGUGAUGCCGAGCUGGUGGAUAAGUCUGAGUACGACCUGAAGCGCCUGGCGGAGACGGUUCACAACGGCUGUCUGAAGACUCUCAGGGAGAACCCCUGUGGACCAGAGAAGACGUCAGGUACUUUCAGUGCUCGAUUUGUACUGAAAUAGGUACUGGUACUAAUUUUGGGUGCCAUUACUGUUUUAUAUUUAGGUGCAGGAGCUCCACAAUACCUUUUGAGCUAAUAUUCUAUAAAAGGAACAGGAGCUCAAGCAGUAUAGAAUUUGAGGUGCCGGUACUCUGCUGUGGUGAGCUCCUGCCAAAGUCGAGCACUGGGUACUUUAUACUAUCUGUCUUUGUCUGUCUGUGUCUCUGUCCCAUCCUUCCAUCUCUCUCUCGCCAGUCCAUCUCUAUCCAUCUGUCCAUCUAUCUCUCUACUGCUACUGCAAACAAUGUCAAAAGUUGCUGAAGAGGUGGGCUGUAUUGUUAUGCCCCUGGUAACCAGUAUUAAACCUCUCUCUGCCUCACCAACAGGAGGCAGACGAGGGAAAGUGAAAGGCCCUACAUUCAGGAUCUCAGGCGUCCAGGUGAAUGCCAAGCUGGUGAUCUCCCACGAGGAGGAGCUGGCACCGCUCCACAAAGCCAUUCCUGCCGACCCUGAUGAGAGGAAGAGGUCUGUCUCGCCACUCGGUCUCUUACCUCAAACAUGGAUUGCGUCCCAAAUUACACCCUAUUCCCUAUUUAGUGCACUACCUUUGACCAGGGGCCAUGUGGGUCAAAGCCAUGCUGUUUUUACUCAACUCCUCCAUCACACAACAGUUAAAUGUUUUACACUCACAUAGCAGCCAAUACAAACGGAAAUCCCUUGGCAUAACAAAUACCACAGGCCUAUCUAAAUCCACACCAUAUAGUAAAAAACAGCUUGGGGGUCUUCAACAUUUUCUUGCCCAGGGACCCCCUUCCUGGCAAACUGGUGACCCAGGAACCCCCAUCAUACGUUAGCAAAAAAUAAAUCACGUCUUAUCAGGUGAAUGAUAAUGGCAAAAUAAGUAAUACAUGUUUUUUCAAUAAAUAUGUUUGGUAGAUCAUUUUUCAUUAUUUUCACCCUCCCACAUUCUAAUUGGAAGAGGAAGUGUAAACUCUAACAUAGCCCCGUGUAGCUCAGUUGGUAGAGCAUGGCGUUUGCAAAGCCAGGGUUGUGGGUUCGAUUCCCACGGGGGGCCAGUAUGAAAAAAUGUAUGCACUCACUAACUGUAAGUCGCUCUGGAUAAGAGCGUCUGCUAAAUGACUAAAAUGUAAAAAUUAUAGCCUAUUAGCUAGAACGGUAACGGCAAAAACAUUUUCGCUAAGAGCAGCUGUUUAGCUGGUUAAACAAAGGUUAGUCUUGUGUUGGCAAAUAAUUAUGUCCAAGUCAAGAAAUCUUACCUGCAGCACUUACUGUACUGGUAGCCUAUUAACUGGUGCUUUUUCAAAGCCUACUGUAUGUCAGAUUCUCCAGUAAGUCUAAUUGGCUUGAAUGAGUGUAAUUUGCUCAAUAUUAGGAGUUGAUAAAUAAAGUUGACAUCAAUAGAAAAAACAUGAUAUUUUCUAAUGUAUGUAUGUAGUAAAUUGUUUUCUGUUGUUGCUAACUAUAUUCAUAAAAACAUUUCAAUACAAAUAAAUAAGAUCUUAUUUUUUAUAUAUAAUAUUUAAACAUAUAUUUAUUGGUCCUCUGUAGCUCAGCUGGUAGAGCACGGCGCUUGUAACGCCAAGGUAGUGGGUUCGAUCCCCGGGACCACCCAUACACAAAAAAAUGUAUGCACGCAUGACUGUAAGUCGCUUUGGAUAAAAGCGUCUGCUAAAUGGCAUAUUAUUAUUAAUUUUCGCAGACCCCCUGCAGUACCACAACAUUUAUUAAUUGAUUAAAGGACAGACAUGACUUUGACAAUGUUGUAAGCACUAUGAAACCAAUCUGUACUUGCAAUGUGGGGCGGCAGGUAGCUUAGUGGUUAAGAGCGUUGUGCCAGUAACCGAAAGGUCGCUGGUUCUAAUCACCGAGCUGACUAGGUGAAAAAUCUGUCGAUGUGCCCUUGAGCAAGGCACUUAACCCUAAUUGCUCCUGUAAGUCGCUCUGGAUAAAAGCAUCUGCUAAAUGACUGAAAUGUAAUGUAACUUUGAUGUAAAUAUAUGAUUGUCACAUGCCUAGUUUUAGGACCACUUAAUAUGAAAUGACACCUUCUACUCUUACUGAAUACUGAAUCCAAACCCUUCUCUUUUCUUAGGUACACAAUCCCAUGCCACUCCAAGGCAGCACACUUUGACAUUGAUUGGGGCAAGGAGGACGACUCUAGCCUGCUCAUAGGAAUCUACGAGUAUGGUUAUGGCAGCUGGGAAAUGAUCAAGAUGGACCCUGACCUCAACCUGACACACAAGGUGAGUCUGAAGAAAAUCCAUAUCACAAGAAAUGUACUGAAAUAUCACGAUAAAGAUGAAUAUCACGAUAAAGAUGAAUAUCACGAUAAAGAUGAAUAUCACGAUACGUUUAUAACGUUUAUGUGCACCAGUUUUUUUUUUUUAUAUUACUCUCAAAACAACUACUACUACUACUUUGAAUGUUGCAGCUAUCAAUUGUCCGGUUCACAAUCGCCCAUAUCAGCGGACUUCACAUUUCUCUAGAAUAGGCUAUUAUCGUAAUUAACAAUAACAGUUAAAUGUCAUCGUGAAGCGGUCGGUUCGGUCGGUAUCUGUCAUUUUUGGUUCAUCGUCUCAGCUCUAAGAAGACAGGGUCUAACUUUUAUAACGGGGAACUGAAACUGUCAUAACCAAGGUUAAGGGUAAGAGCUUUUGUGUUUUAUAAUUGUAUUAAUUUACACAUCCGUUCCUUUGUGUGAACCAGCUCUUACCUGACGACCCUGACAAGAAGCCACAGGCCAAGCAACUGCAGACGAGAGCGGACUAUCUCAUCAAAUUACUGAGCAAGGACCUGGCCAAAAAGGAAGCGCAGAGGCAAGCAGGGACGGUAAGUGGCCAUGACUGGCCGGAUCACACUAUUCAGACUCUAUUAUGGUGCCCUGCCCACUUGACCCAAUUCAAACGUAAUUGUUUUCCUCCUCCUGAACAAGAACAUUCCCAAGCAAGAAAAUAUGAAUUACCUUCGUCAAAACAGUUAAAUGAUGUGCACAAAAUUAGAAAAAUAUGUUAUUUGUAGAGGAAAAUUAUUGAAAAAAAUAUAUGCUUGUUUUUACUUAGUAUAAGCACUUGGAAGCCCACGUUCUUUAGCAUUAGCAUUCUCAUAGGCUUUGAGAGGCGUCGUUAGCUAGUUAGCAUAUUAGACUAUCUAAUGGUCGUUAUCCAUACAGGCUGUAUCCUUUUUUAAUCGAAGAUCAAUGCUUAAAAUUGGUAAAUGUUAGACAUAACAUCAAUGACAAAAGACCAAAACACUAGGUGUAUUGUAAUCUGUUGUGCCACAAAGCUAACUAGGUAACGACGCCAGUCAAAGCCUAUAAGAAUGCUAAUGCUAACGAACGUGGGCUUCCGAGUGCUUAUACCACAUAAAAACAAACGUUUUAAUAUUUUCGCCAACAUAGAACUAGCAUACCUUUUCAAGUUAUGUGCGCGUUAUUUAAGUUUUGACCAAUUUUAUUCGGAUUUAACAAUGUUUUGCUUGUUUGAAUGGACCUGAAAGGAGGAAAACAAUUGCAACACAUUGCAUGCGCCCUUGUUGCCAGGUGACGUAAGGUGAAUACAUAGUCUGUGUCCUAUAGUGCAUCUCCUUUCCUAUUGGCAGUUCCACUGUAAUAAGAUUAUUAUUUCCUUUGUCUUCAUUCCUAGCUAUAUGCAGGUAUGUGUGGAGUGUUGAAUUCAGUCUCGAAUUUACACCUAAAAAGUCCAGAAUUAAAGCUACCGUCUAGGAUUCUAAAAACAAAGCGGCUGCCUUGCCAUUUGUUUGUUUUGGUAAACAGAUGAGGCGAGGGAAUAGUAGCUCUUUAAAUUCAUAGGCUGUGCUCAAGAUACAAUAACUGACAGUCCAUUAGAUCAAAAUGUAUAGUUUUAACUGUGGUUUGAAGCUAUACGUUGUUGCGAUAUGAGAAGCACGAGACAAUACGACGCUCUCCGACAGCGUAUCUGGUGCGCUUCACUCUGCAACAACGUGAUAGCUGCAGGACCAAAAACAGCGGAGAAGGUUAGCCUUGUUCUUCACGCUUUUUAGUUGGCCAACGUGUUUUUUCAAUUAGUUGCAAAGAAAGAUGAAGUCCCUUUUUUGUUGUUGUUGUUGUUGUUGUAGGCCAAUUGGAGGAAGAGGAAACCGAGGAGUAAGAAGACCAAAGCUGCGAAGCCAGCCAAGGUGGACGAAGUGGUGAAGAGUCCGUCCUCUGAGCCCCCCUCAGACAAGUCCUCAGAGGACGAGAUUGAGGAGGAAAAGGUAUGUGGAACAAUGAUGCUCCCCUAGGUACAGGUCUAGGAUCAGCCUCCCCUCCCCCAAUCCUAACCUUAACCAUAUAGUGGGGAAAAGGCCAAAUGGAACAGAGAUCAGCAUCUAGGGGCAACUUUACCCUAUGAUCGGAGGCUCCUUAUCACCGUGGAUAGUAGACAAGGGAUACCUUAAUAAAAUAGCAAUGAGUAAGAGAUUAAAUUAACCUCAGUAAUCAGUCAACUAAACUCAAUGAAUGGGCCCAGUCUGAAAAUCACCUUGGAUAUAUCAGUUGUCUAGGGAGAGAGAACUAGGCCUACAGUACUGUGGCACGUUAAGCUUAUUGCCUGCUCUGUAUAGCAGUGUGAUUAAACCCAUGUGCCCACAAGCAUACUUACAGAAUUCUGUUUUUAAGGUAAUUUUGCAUCGAGGCAGUCUAGCUAUUCUAACCAUCUUUCUCUACCUCCCAGGAGGUGGUCCCGGUAAAGGCGCCACCCAGAAGGGGCCGAGCGGAGCGCGUGGUGGUUAAGGAGGAGCCUGAGCCGGAGGAGGAGCCUGAGCCGCCUGAGGAGAAGGAGCCCAAAGAAAGGGAGAUGAAGAAAGAGGUUAAAAAGGAGAAGAAAGAGGAGGAGCCUGUGGAGCCAGUACAGGAACAGGAAGAGGUCACAGGGGAGAAGGUAAGAUGGUUUUGACUAGAUGGGAUACAGCUUUUGUAAGAUUAGGUUGUUCGUAGCAGGGUUAAGAGAAUUAACACAACGGGUUAGGAGAAUUAUUGUAGCGUGUUAGGAAAAUGUGUUUAAGGUUAGGAAAGGGGUUGGGGUUAGCUAAAAUGCGUUUGACGUUAAUUUGACAGUGUUGCCCCUAAGAUUUAUUUCAGUAGCGGUGGCAAAGUUAGGAGGGGGUGAGGUAGUGGGUGUGGCGAAUGGCUCAGUCUCAAACCAAUUUUUGACAGCAUAGACAAUGUUGCUGUUUUAAAGCAAAUUUCCUGCAAUUCUAAACAUUUUGCCAUGGCCUUUGCCAUGUUCGCUAUCUGAGCGACUCAAACAUAUUCUAACAAAAUCAAUAGGGGGGUGGGUGCCCAAUGCCGUCACAUUUUCUUUAUUUUAGAUUCUCCCUGACUGUCUAGUUUUUAUUUUGAUGAUUUGUUAGUUCUCAAAGAUUAUCUUAUUUUAAAAAAAAUAUGUAGCUCCAUUAUCUUUUCUAUAUACUUUAUAUCUGGUUUUAGUUAUUUAAGUUGACCCCAAAAAUUUUUGGGGUAAAACCAAAACAUUUGGGGGGGGAGUGGUGGAAACAAUUUAACAGUCCGCCGCUGCUAAAUGAAUGUAGGGGAAACACUGUGACAAAAGCUGUAUCCCUUCUAGCCAUGACUAGGUAAGACCUCGCCAGUUGGGAAUAGUUGGAAGGGACUGAAAAACGUACAGUGCAGUUCGUUGCACUGCAAAUAUGAAAAAUUAAUUAGCACUAAAGUCAAGGUUGGUCACCUGUCUUUUUCCGUGUGCGGUUCUUACUCAUUUUUGUGCACUAUUAGUUAAAUGUAUUAUGCUUUUAUUAGUUGUGGUAAGCAUGGAGGAUCUUUGAUGGUUUAUAAUGUCUCUACGUAACAUCUUAACAAUUGUCAUUCAUUCAUUGUGACUGUUUUGCCUGCAGCCGAGCGAGGUGAAGGCUGAGGUACGGGAGAAGGUGAAGAAGACUUCGGACACUCCGGUCCACAUCACAGCAGGGGGAGAGAACAUCUCGGAGGAGUCGGAGGAACUCGACCAGAAGACCUUCAGUGUGGUGAGUCACACCGAGUUGGUCAUAGUGUCAGUGAUGCAAAUAAGUCCACUCAGUGGGUCGAGACGUCUAGGGGUCGGGUCGAGACGUCUAGGGGUCGGGUCGAGACGGUAACUCAAAUACUGUCUUACCAAUGUUGACCCUCCAUUCACUUGUGUAUGUCCUGUCUGUGUUCCUCAGUGUAAGGAGAGGAUGCGACCGGUCAAGGCAGCCCUGAAGCAGCUGGACCGGCCAGAGAAGGGCCUGUCGGAACGCGAGCAGCUGGAGCACACGCGCCAGUGCCUCAUUAAGAUCGGAGACCACAUCACCGAAUGUCUGAAGGAGUACUCCAACCCCGAGCAGAUCAAACAGUGGAGAAAGUAAGGAGCUCGAUAUUAGUUCACAUUCAACGUUUUGUUACAAUCAAUUUGCUGAUUUAAGAUCAAGCUCUCUGAAAUACUGUAUAUGAUACUGAUAUUUACCCGUGGUAUAUUUAAGCAGUAAGGCACGAGGAGGUUUGGUAUAUGGCUAUUCCUGGAUACAGCCCUUAGCUGUGGUAUAUUGGCUAUAUACCACAAACCCCCGAGGUGCCUUAUAAACUGGUUACCAACGUAAUUAGAGUAGUAAAAACACAUGUUUUGUCAUACCUGUGGUAUAUGGUCUGAUAUACCCAGGCUGUCAGCCAAUCAGCAUUCAGGGCUCGAACCACCCAGUUUAUAAUGUCUGAUAUACCAUGAUUGUUGAAUACUCGUUCUGAUUGGCUUGAAGGGCAUUCUAGAGGGUGCAUUAUUUCCCUAUAACACACUGUAUAUCGGCAUGGUAGAAUUCAAUGGCUGUAUUUCAUUCUUAUAUGUUUGAGCUGCUUUUGAAAGCAAUAGUCGAAUUGAAAACAUUAUUGGCAUUGUUGAAUUCGAUUUUCAUAAUAGCAAGCUAGGACUGAUUUGGUUAGCUAAACUAUUUGUUUGGUUACCACGGCAACUACUGUCGCUAUCUAGUAAACUUGCUAGCUACUUCAGUGGAUGUUGAACACAUUUCUACCGGCAAAUGAACACAUUUCUAGUGGUAAAUGUGUUAAGUUAUAGCCAAAAAGGGAUAAUCAACUCGGGGCUCUGUGUUCUAGCGUGUUGUGGAUCCACGUCGUUCAUUAUUUUCCAGAGAACGCAUAGCCCCUCGUUGAUUAUCCAUUACAGAUACACACAGGCUGGAAUGCUGUUUAUAAGUACAAACAACAUUGGAGGUCAUCCCAUCCUUGGAAAUAGGACAGGCCUUGGCAAACUGACGGAAUGUAACGUUUCAUAACACUGGGGUUAUGAAACAACAGCUCAGGGAAUGUAGAUGUAUGUCCUUUAGCAAUCAAACUGAGCUGGCUAUGUACCUUUACCAUUGACUGCAUUCAUACCAUUACUUUUUAUUUUUGUUUAAAAAAAUUGUUUCACCUUUAUUUAACCAGGUAGGCCAGUUGAGAACAAGUUCUCAUUUACAACUGCAACCUGGCCAAGAUAAAGCAAAACAGUACAGUCAAUAACACAAUAUAAAAUAUAUAUACAGUGUGUGCAAAUGUAGUAAGUUAUGGAGGUAAGGCAAUAAAUAGUGCAAAAUAAUUACAAUUUACACUGGAGUGAUAGAAGAUGAUGUGCAAAUAGAGAUACUGGGGUGCAAAUGAGCAAAAUAAAUAACCAUAUGGGGAUGAGGUAGUUGGGUGGGCUAAUUACAGAUGGGCUGUGUUAUGGGGCUCAUUGUAUCAAUGACCAGUGUUGACCUAAAUGCAUAUUUAUUUUUCUCUUCUCCAGAAACCUGUGGAUAUUUGUUUCAAAGUUUACAGAAUUUGAUGCAAGAAAAUUGCAUAAAUUGUAUAAGCACGCAAUCAAGAAAAGACAAGAGAAUGCUCAGGUAUGUAUAAGCCCUGAUGAGAGUUACUGUUCCGGGGCGUCGGGGAAAUGAAAAUACAAUUCACUCCAUGAAGGUUUAACUGGUAAUAAAGUGAUACAAAUGUAGAUUGCAUUUCAGACCUUUCCAAAUAUAAUUUUGAAUGCCAGUGUUUUAUGAUGAUCUCUUUUACAGGCAGCGGACGUGAUCACUAGCACUGUAAAUACCCAUGGCUUUAAGCAUGCAGGUAUGAACUUUCACUUGCCUUUUUAGUCUGUCUUUAUUUUGUUUAUUUAUUUGUUCACUAGUUUCUUUUUUUUUUGGGGGGGGGGGGGUGGGGGGGUCUUAAUGACAUUAAUUUAACCAGGUUAAAUGAAGGAAUACAUCAAACAAAUAUUAAUGACCAAUGAGAUAAAAGCAAUUCUAUGUAGCCUUAUUUACCCCGGAUCUUCCUCCUCUCCUCUUGGCCCAGACAUCGAGAGGCUAAAGGACAACUCUCACCACGACGACAGCAGCAGGGACAGCUACAGCUCUGAAAGGCACCACUCGUCGUCGCGCUACCAUGAGGACCGCGACAGCCGGGACAGGCACACCUCCGACCCCUACAGCAGGAUGGCGGGGAGCGGGGGGGACUCCAGGAAGAGACCCUACUCGUCCUUCAGCAACGGCAAAGACCACCGAGACCACUAUCGGUCAGACCGGCAGGACAGCAGGUAAGACCACCUAUAUCGUCUUUAAAGGCUUCCCUGUUUUUAGUAAAGGGUUCCUUUCAAGUUGGUGGCAAUUAAGGGACAUUUUGAUGUUGAUUUAUUUUACUGACUGGAUUAUUGUUCUACUGAUUAGUUCUAGAAUCUAGUGCAACUCGAUGCUUAACAAAUUGGUCCCAUUGUGGAUCAACUAAUUCUGUAACUAAUCAUUUCUGUAUAUUGGUUUUUGUGUUAGUCACUCUUGCUCAUGGUGUUCUCUAUUAAUCAGAUACUACAGCGACAGUAAGCACAGGAAGGUGGACGAGCACCGGUCAGGCCGAGAUGUACGGCUGGACAGCAAGGAGCGUUCCCACUCGGACCACCGCUCCCAUUCCGAACACCACUCGGACCACCGCUCCCAUUCCGAACACCACUCGGGCUCCGACUACUCGUCAGGCCACCACAAGUCGUUAUCGCGAGGUGACUCCUACCGCUACCAUGCAGACUGGCAGAUGGACCAACGGGCGUCGGCCAGCGGGCCCCGUUCGCCGCGCGAUCAGCGCUCGCCACGCGACCAGCGCUCGCCCUACGACGGACGCUCACCUUUGGGCCACCGGUCGCCCUUCGAGUACUCGUCAGACCACAAGAGCACGCCGGAGCAGAUCUGGAGCAGCCGCAAGACAUAA